AUGGAGGAAAUCAUGGUUGUUAUCGUCGGAGCUGGCCCUGCCGGCCUAGCUGUCUCGGCUUGCCUGAACCGCCUUUCGAUCCCCAAUGUUGUGCUCGAAAGAGAGGAUUGCUACGCUUCUCUUUGGAAGAAAAGAUCCUAUGAUCGCCUCAAACUUCACUUGGCAAAGCAGUUUUGCCAUCUCCCCUACAUGGACUUCCCCUCAAAUGAACCAACUUAUGUGCCCAAAAACGGCUUCCUAGAUUACUUGGACAACUAUGUCUCACACUUUGGCAUAACCCCGAAAUGUCUCCGAUCCGUCGAGUCAGCGGUUUACGAUUCGGAUUCCAGGAAAUGGCGGAUUGUUGUCAAUAACAUGACGGCAUCAAACACGACCGAGUCCGAAGUGUAUACCUCGAGGUUUCUAGUAGUAGCCACUGGGGAAAAUAGCGAAGGUUUGAUCCCCAGUAUCAACGGUCUCGAGAGCUACAGAGGGGAAUGCAUUCACUCCAGCCAAUACGGAAACGGAAGGAAAUAUAGAGGCAAAGACGUUUUGGUCGUCGGUUGCGGCAACUCCGGCAUGGAGAUUGCUUAUGAUCUUUGGAACUGGGGUGCCAACACUUCCAUUGUGAUUCGAAAUCCAGUACAUGUGCUAACCAAGGAGAUGGUUAGAAUGGCAAUGAUUAUGUUACAAUGCCUCCCAGUCAAAGUAGUGGACACAAUCACAGUGGCCGCUAGUAAAUUGAAAUAUGGUAAGCUUUCGAAAUAUGGUAUUCAAAGACCAAGAAAGGGUCCAUUCCAUCUCAAGCAAAUAACCGGUCGGUCCGCAGUCAUCGAUGUCGGAACCGUUAGUAAGAUUAAAGCCGGAGAAAUCAAAGUCUUGCCGGGUAUUAAACACAUAGAAGAUAAAGAUGUUGCGUUCACAAACGACGAGACGGCUCGAUUCGACACUAUUGUUUUCGCCACCGGGUAUAAAAGCACGGUCCGAAAUUGGCUCGAGGGAAACUAUGGGAGUUUUGAUGAGAAAGGGAUGCCCACAAAAGGCUUUCCGGAUCACUGGAAAGGGGGAAAUGGGAUAUACAACGCUGGAUUUUCAAGAAGAGGGCUGCAAGGCAUUUCAAGUGAUGCUCAAAAUAUAGCAAGGGAUAUAUAUAUGCUUUCUCCUGCUGGUUUGGUGUAA